AAAAUGGCAACUUUUGUCAGAACGCAAAAAAAAUUCAGCUGCUCACCAAUCUCAUCUCCUGCUCGCAGAGAGAAUAUUCCAUUCCCAAAAGCUCCAUCCUUUUCUGUUGGUUAGGGUUUUAACUAGCUGACCACUCCAGCUCAACUGAGAUCUGCCACUUUCUUCUUAUUUUUCCACAUAUAGUAAUCUGCUGCUGUCUUCCUUUAUCGCCGAGUUAGAGAAUAAAGUGUGUUUGUAAAGCAAGAUUGAUUAAGAAGUUGAUUUUGUGUGAGUAUGGGAUAUCGUUGUGAUUUCUGUGGGGAGCAAAGAUCGAUUGUGUAUUGUCGGUCCGAUGCAGCUAGUUUAUGUCUGUCCUGUGACCGCAACGUCCAUUCUGCGAAUGCCCUCUCGAAACGACACUCGAGAACACUUGUUUGUGAAAGAUGCAAUUCUCAGCCAGCUUCGGUUAGAUGUAUGGAGGAGAGGGUAUCUCUUUGCCACAACUGCGAUUGGGCGGGGCAUUCCAGCUCGAGCACGCAUAAAAAGCAGAGCGUUAAUUGUUACUCUGGAUGCCCCUCGUCCGCAGAGCUAUCUCAUAUUUGGUCGUUCCUGUUAGACGAUCCUUCAGCUGAGGGUUCCGCCUGCAAACAGGGGAUGGAUUCGAUGAGCAUUACUGAUAACAAGCUAAGGGAUUGCCAAGAUAAUGAUGGUAGUAAAGGUGUUGUUACGUUGCCUUCGGAAACCAGCAACCUUAGUAAUGUGGACAUGGAUAAAGAAGCAGAUUGGAUGGAGUUGUCAGCGUCGAUGCAAAAUGCAGGCCUAUUGGCUGGAUCUACUCACUCGGCCAUGCGCAAGGUUUAUGUACCUCGUGAAGAAGGGAUUGCUGAAUGCAAGGACACUGAGUUCUAUGAUAACUUCAAUGUGGAUGAAAUUGACUUAGGCAUUGAGAACUAUGAUGAACUUUUUGGUGCUGCCCUGGACAAUCCUGACCGACUUUUUGACAAUGAAGACAUCGAUGGAUUGUUUGGGCCACACGACAUGUCCUUUUCUGAUUGUCAGGCUGCUCAUCCUACUGAGGGAUCGGCUGUUGGAGGAAUUAAGAUGCAACCAGCAUGCAGCAAUGCGGCAUCUGCAGAUUCGGUUGUUAGCUGUAAGACUGAACCCAACAUAUGUUUCAUGAGGCAAGCACACUCUGGUUUCUCAUUCUCCCGCCUCACCGGAGAGAGUAGUGGUGUCGACUAUCAAGACUGUGGUGCAUCGCCAAUGUUAAACAUGGGAGAUCCACCAUGGGGCCUUCCGGGUCCUGAAAGCGCGAUGCCCCCCUCUUCCAGCAGGAGCGAUGCUGUCAUGCGUUACAAGGAGAAGAAGAAGACACGAAAAUUCGAGAAGAAAGUAAGGUAUGAAACCCGCAAGGCCAGAGCCGAUGUAAGGAGGCGCGUGAAGGGGCGCUUCAUCAAGGCCGGUGAUGCAUAUGACUACGACCCGUUGUGCAAAAGCAGAAGCUGCUGAGUAUAAUAAACCUUCCGCGAGAUCAACUUAGCUACUGCACGACAUCAUUAAAAAAAAUGCACGAAUCCGCCCUUUGUCAUGACAAAUGAUCUUGCAACGAGCUUUACCAAGCCACGUUGAGAUAACUCCGACCAUCAUCGGAAAAGAUACUCCCAUUGGCGGAGGCAGCAGCAGCCUUGCUAAAUUUGUUAAUACUGUUAUGUUAGUUACACACAUAUAUAUAUAUAAUCUGAUUUAGUCUUGUUUGAUUGGUGUGGGGAACAUGUAUAGAGCAUAAGUCUCCCAUUCACACUUUCUUAGCAAGAAUGUGAUUUUCUAUCUGUAGAAAACAAGAUUUAUGUGAUGUGUUUGUUGAUAUCUUGUCCGAUGA